AUGUGGCUGCCACGCCUGAUGCGUGCGGCAAACGAAGAGCAGGAACAUCGUGCUGCUAAUGGAUUACCAGGUCAUGCUGCACAAAAUUUGUUCGGAACAUUGGCAACUUGUGAUUGUGGACAUCUAACAUCAUGCAGACGAACAACACCAUUGGUUUGUUCUCGAAACGAUGCUCAAGCAUUAAAACAUCGGUUCACUCUUGUCAAGUGGUGUUGUAUCGCAUUUCUUCUACUCAUCUUUACCCUCAUCGCUUUCUCUGGGCUGUUGACUUCGACCCCUGCCGAACUGACAUCGGGCAGCUCAUAUCUUUUCCUGACAAUCAUUAUUACCAGUUUACUCUUGUUUGGUGGUUUGUGUUGCUUGCGUGCGCGUACAAUCUGCAGACACCGUAAUGUUCACCAUGGUUCGUUGCAUUGUCAUCGUGGCCAUUGUCAGUCACAUUCCCUCCGACUUCCUGUUUCGCUUUUUACACAUAAUGCUUAUUCACGAUCACAUAUUCAUUCAUCUCCAAGCUCUUUUCGUUUCUCCGAAUCACCCUUCUAUAAUGCUCUUUUGGAAGCCUGUACAGCUCCACUGCCAACAUAUAAUGAAGCUAUCAAGGAACCUGUAUUUGCACCACCAGCUUAUUCAGCGAUCAUUACGCAUUCUUCAACAACACCUGUUAGUUCACUAAACGAGACCAAUGCUCACCAUAUUUCAAUUUCUGUUCUAUCAACGGCUGGGAACGAAAGAAUAGGAGAAAGCACCAUUAGCAGUGGCAGCAGUGCUAAGCAAGAAUUGUUGGUACAGUCACAGCCGCAUAUGGUUGAAACUAUCACUUCUGUGGAAGUUCAUCAUACGGAUGAGACGGAAAAUGAGGUUAUGCAGACUAAAGAAAAUAAAUCUUCUGAUGAGUAG